CGUACAGCAAUUAUCAUAAAACUCCCCAAGGCAUCUUAAGUCAUUGGCACUUCUGUUCUACAUGACUUUCCCCUCCCUCCCCCCUCUGUAGGUCAUCUUGAUCCCAUUUAGCUACAGCUCUGAAGAAAAUGAUAUAUUAGCAUAGCGUAUUUCUGUUCUGGUCUAUUGCAUUUGUUUUCCCUAAGGAAUCUAUUCUGUUUCUUGAAUUAGUCUUUGGGUACAAAUUCACUAUCCAAGAUAUACUGAUGCAAAUAAUGAGGAGAGGUCUGUUAUAAGGUCUACGGGAUGUAAGGGAAAAAUGCUACUCCUAUCUCUUCAGGAUACAAAGAGAAACCUGAAAGAUCUAGUCUGUAUAUAAAGACUGGCAUAACUAUGUAAUUUAGCAUGGGCAAAACAAAAUUAUACCUGUAAGUGACAUAGCUAUCAAGGCACUCCCUUAGCACACAAAAGAGAAUAUUCUGUUACUGUUGAAGUUUAUUUCAUUUAGUAACUUGGAGAAGAAACUCAUUUUGUCACAAGACAUUUUGUGGUUUAGCUAUAUCUGUCAAUUCUCUAAUGCAAACCAGGCUUUCACCACAAUUUGCUUAGAAGUGGCUACUUUUUGGGCCUUUGAAUGUCUAUUCUUCCUUUGGAAAAGGAAAUUUUGCAUUUAAUACAUUUAACUUAUUUUUAAAAUAGCACAAAUGCCGCCAGAUGAUAUCCAUGCCAUCUUGAAUCUUCCCUCCUAACAGUCCUUUGAUUCCUAUGGCCAUGCUGUAUACUCUUCCACUCAGUAUUUACAUUUCUAAAAAAAGUUACUAUUGACAAACACUUAAACAGCAAGAUAAUCUCACUAAUCCUCCCAAAAAUAUGAGUAUAUCAACAGCAGGUGAUUACAGACAUAAAAUCAGGAAAUCAGCUGAUAGUAGUCAGCAAAGCUUAAAGGACACUUUUUACUACAAUAUUCCAUUUAAUUCUUUGAGAUCACAACUUAUUUGCCAGAGGUAAAAGCAUAAUUAGACUGUUUUGUAUACUGUGGACUGUUUUAAUUCAUUUUCACAAGGUAGUAUAGUUAAUGGAAACUACUGAACGUGGUUAUUGUACUUAUGCAUCACAUGAAAUAACAACUGUCUCAUGGCCAAACCUCAAAGAGCAAGCUUACAAAUGGGAGUGCCACUAAAUGAAACUGUUAAUUAUUAAGUUUCUGCAAAGAUGACACUUGGCCUGACAAUACAUAACAUUGUUAUAUGUGAACUGGAAAUCUUUUAUAUAUAACAACCUCCACAGUAUUUGCACAAGAGCAUUCAGGAGACUGUUAUUUAUAUAGACCACUUGAUCUAGCCAUGCAAUCAAGACUUACUUUAAGGUAGGCAGAUACAGAGUAUCCUACCUAGGCACAAGGAACAGAAGCUGGUCCUACUGAGCAGAAGACUGCAUCCUUGAACAAAUGUACCUUUUAAAAUAUAUUUGGUGGGUGCCAUGGACCUGCAGUAUAAUAUAUGCAUCAAAGGUAAUGUUAUGUAAAAAGUGCUAAUGAAAGCUACAGAAAGAUGCACUGUGGAGCAGAGAACCCCAGCAGGAAAGGAGAUUGUUUUUCUGCAUAUGGCACUGGAAGACUGCCACCAGAAAACCACACAUAGCUCCUAUGUUCACCUUUUCAAAGAACAAAACAAAACAAAAAAAAAAAAUAAAAAAUCCUGAAAUUCUGGAAAUGACACAAAAAGAGAAACAGAACCUGUCAAAGAAAAUAUCCUCCAGAAUGUGACUAAAAAAAACCAACACUUUUUUUUUUUUUUUUUAAUCAGAAAGCAAACUGAGAAGUAACUUGAUUACAAUAAGUACUUUGAUGGAGAGAAACUACCAAUGCUAUGAGGCUUCUGAAUCCAACAGGAAAGUGAGUAGAACUGAUGUCUAAAAGGUGUUAGCCAGGAACAGUGAAACAAUAAAUGAAGCACCAAGAGUUUUAAGUGUGAGUGAUGCUCUUUUAGAACAAGUGCUAAAAAAAAAUAAAAUAAAAAAAAAAGUUUUUCAUUUUUCUGAGACCCUUAAAAUGUUAUACAACAAAUACAAACAAUUGAACACUGCACACAAGUAGAAAAUACAAAUGCCUUAAGUAAUACAUAACAACCUUUACAAACUCAGGAGAAUAGAAUCAACUCUAAAUAAUCUUCUCUGACUUUGCAAUGUAGGAACACAGUUAACCAGAACCUUUCCUCCCAGUUGUCACUUGAACAAACACAUGACAACCUAGACUGAGCUCACUUUAAACACCACAUGCACUGCUGGCAAACUAAAGAAUGGCCAGAAAGAAUAAAAUAUUGUCAAAUAUACUUUUUAUUUUUAAAGUAAGAGCUGAUAAUACUGUUCAGAAUUUGUGGCAUAUGUAAGAAUGGAUUGAGCUGUGUUUAAAAAAAGAUGAUAUGUUAACAGUACAGACAAAAUAUACACACCAUUAAAUUAAAUCAUAGCAGGUUAAUUAAGACAAAUAACAGGUGAUAUUUUCGCCUAUAAAUACACACUUUAUUUUCUUCUGUAUCAUAAGAAAUUCUACCAGACUUGUACUUUUGUCCCAUUCUUCUUACAGAUAACUGUAUCAGACCCUUACUUUUCAUGCAGCAUCAGAAGUGUUGGUUCUGUUUCCACUCCAAGGUCACUGGUUGCUCUUGGAUUGUAUUGACCAACAAGAAUCUAAGAAAUAUAUUAUGUAAGAUGCUAUAAAAACAAGAAUUAAGUCCCAUCUACCAAAAGAAUCAGACUGAAAAAGGACAAGCCUGCAAACAGCAUGAAGCGCACUUGACACAAAACAGAUAUUACAGUGUGUACAAAUAAUAGCUCUUGGCUGAUAAACGGAAAGAAGUUUUAAGGUUGUUUGUACUGUCAUGAGAUCAUGUCUUGCAGAAUCACAGCUCUCCAUCAAAUUACUGUAAAUUUUCUGAUGGCAUACUAAUGGAACGUGGAAGGUAUUUAUGAGAUGUUAUUUACUAAUAGCCAAUAGAAUAAUUUCAUUCUAGAUUUCUGUUUUCUAGUCAUGAUGAAAACUGUGUAAUCUUCCACGUCCCUAAGAAAGCUUCUGCCUGAGUUGGCAAGGAAGUGCUAAAAGAGAGUAAUUAGGCAACGAUGACCCUAAAGUGAAAUGUGGAUUCUUUACAAUAUACAGUGUCCUUCCCACCAGCCAUGUGUGUUUGUCAAAUGUUUAUAGAAUCUUCAUUAACUAAGAGCUUUGCUUGAUAACGGAAGCUGAAGCAUGGCAUCAAUGACUCAGAUAAGGGCAAGUGUACAACCAAUCUGCUUGACAACUGACAAGAGGCUGGGGUUUGAAGUAGACAGUGAAAAGAACACAAGAAAGUGAUUUGCAAAGGGCAUUCCAGCUGUUUGCCUUCCAUCUCCUUUCCUCUGUCUGUAAAGAUACAAUAUUUUUGAUCAGUUAAAAUACUUUGUCCUCUCGUCUCUCCGCCAGAAAGUAAAUACAUAAGAAAUGCAUUAUUUUGGAGUAUUGGCUGUACUGUCUGUUUUCAAUAUCAUUGCGUGUCUGACAAGAGGCAAGCCUUUGGAAAACUGGGACAAGUUACCAGUUAUGGGAGAGUCUGAUGCAUUCUUUCAUGAUCCUGGAGAAGUGGAAGAUGAGACCCAUUUUGACUUUAAAUCUUUCCUGGAGAAUAUGAAGACAGAUUUACUAAGAAGCUUGAAUUUAUCAAGGGUCCCCUCACAAGUGAAGACCAAAGAAGAACCACCACAGUUCAUGAUUGAUUUAUACAACAGAUAUACAGCGGACAAGUCCUCAAUCCCUGCAUCCAACAUUGUGAGGAGCUUCAGCACUGAAGAUGUUGUUUCUUUAACUUCACCAGAAGAAAACCCAUUUCAGAAACACAUCUUGUUCUUCAACGUCUCUAUUCCACGGUAUGAAGAAAUCACCAGAGCUGAACUGAGAAUCUUUAUCUCCUGUCACGAGGAAGCUGUGUCUCCCUCCAUACCGGAAGGCAACAUGGUCAUUUAUGAUGUUCUAGACGGGGACCAUUGGGAAAACAAGGAAGGUACCAAAUCUUUUCUUGUCUCCCACAGUAUUCAGGAGUGUGGCUGGAAGAUGUUUGAAGUGUCCAGCGCUGUGAAAAGAUGGGUUAAGGCAGACAAGAUGAAGACUAAAAACAAGCUAGAGGUUGUAAUAGAGAGUAAGGCUCUGGGUGGUUUCCCUUGUGGGAAGCUGGAUAUUAGUGUUACUCAUGACACUAAGAAUCUGCCCCUCUUAAUAGUGUUCUCCAAUGAUCGCAGCAAUGGUACAAAAGAGACCAAAGCAGAGCUCCGGGAGAUGAUUGUUCAUGAACAAGAAAAUGUGCUAAACAAAUUAGGAAAGAAUAACUCUUCAUCUGAAGAAGAACAGAAAGAGGAAAAAGCCAUUGCUAGGCCCCAUCAGCAUUCCUCCAGAAGCAAGAGAAGCAUUGGAGCAAACCACUGUCGGAGAACUUCACUCCAUGUGAACUUUAAAGAGAUUGGUUGGGAUUCUUGGAUCAUUGCACCCAAAGAUUAUGAGGCUUUUGAGUGUAAAGGAGGUUGCUUCUUCCCUCUGACAGAUAAUGUUACGCCAACGAAACAUGCUAUUGUCCAGACUCUAGUGCAUCUCCAAAACCCUAAGAAAGCUUCUAAGGCCUGUUGUGUUCCAACUAAAUUGGAUUCAAUCUCUAUUCUUUAUAAGGAUGAUGCUGGUGUACCCACUUUGAUAUAUAACUAUGAAGGGAUGAAAGUGGCAGAAUGUGGCUGCAGGUAGUAUAUGCAGAAUAUCUAAGAAGAAUACACUUCUGUCUGUGAAACUGUACAUUAGUGAUGCAAAUGAAAAUCCUUGCAAACAAGGUUUGGAGCAUGGUGUGGGGUUGGUUGUUGUUGCUGCUUUUAAAGGAAAGCUGGCAUUUAAAGAAUGUCCAUCAGUGUAAAUGUCCUGCAUUAUAUGAUAUUAAUUAAAAUGUUGUGAGAUUGAAAGAACUAUGCAUUAUUUGGCUAGAGUGACAGAAACAAAACUUAUUUGAAUUUUUCUGUUAAACUAGUUCUUUUCAGAUCACAUGCAGCCUUUGGGACUGAGGAUGUCCUCUAGGUUUCUAUGCCUCUUAGAAAUUUAACUCUCUCAGCCAGUUCUUAUUUCCAGCUUCUGUGAAGUAACUGAAUUGCAAUUAGUUUGCAUGAUAAAGCAGUGAGUCUAAAUCCUGCAAAUCUUUACUCACAUCAGUAAUCUCAGAGACAUUUAAAGUCAUUUUAAUGCAAAGUACUUACUCAUAUAAGUGAAGUGUUUUUUAAUUUCCCAAACAGAUGACACUUUCCAUCUCAUUUGAUUCCAAGGCUUCCUUCUGUGGGUAGCAGGUGCCUUGGUUUCAGCUUUCUUAUCCUCAGUGUCCCUAUUUUUACCCUUUUAUGGCACAUACUUGAAUGAUAAGUACAGCCUUCCGCUUCUAAGACACUGUUUCCUAGGAGGAGCAGCAGGCCUUAUCUCCUCACAAAGAUAAGGAGCCACUUUGACCCACUGCAUAUUCUUAGUAUUUCUUUGCAAGAACAUGCAGUCAAAUGACAUCCAGUCUUAGGAUCUGUACCCUGACAGCUGUGGGGGUUGGCAGUGCUCAGCACUUGUGAAAAGAAAUAAACAAGCCAAUUUUUUGAGGCCUGACAAAUUUCUUCGGAGUCUAACUCCAGGCUCUAUUUCUUUAUCUUUUCUUAGGAUAAACACUAUUUUGCAUAUGAAAUUCUUUCACCCUUUAGAAGUCUGGGAACAAUUGAUAACUCCUUUCUAUGUUCUGGGACACUUACACUACUUUAUGGGAAAUUCACUGCCAUACAACAGUUCUCCCAUCUUUAUUUCUAUUUUCACUAAACAACUCCAUGUUUCCUGCAACUAUGGAAAACUUUCUUUGAUUGUAAUGAAGGUUUUGCCUGUACAAGAUAAGACAGUGCUUUGCAUUGGUUUCAGGUGCAAAUUCAAAGUGCCAUGAAAUGCCAACACACUCCACUCCAUUUCUACUAUUCCACCUUCCACCAAAAAGAAUCUACCAUUUUUGAUUCAAAUCCACAGCAAACUACAUAUAUAUGCAAAAUAUUAAAAAUUAACGAAGCAAAAAUAUGAAAAGAAGCUUAAUAUAUGGAAGCAACAUGAUUUAAAUGGAUACAGAUGUUUUAAAUUAGGACAGCUUGUGUGCAAGACAAAUUAAUUUGCUAUGAACAGCUCAGCUUGAAAUCUAAUAUGCAAUUUAUUUUCUAUUGUUAACUUAAUACAGAAUACACAGCAGGUGAGUGUGAGCAGAGCUGUUGUAAUUCAAGAACUGUUGGUUACAUCACAACCCAUGAGCACAAAGCAUGAUUCACCAGAAUCCUGUGGCUGAUUUACAGCCUCUUCCAUUAGAAGAGGGUUGCAAUUGGAUCAGAUCUGAGGUCUGGAUCCAUGAGAAUUCUAUCCACCCAUAGCUGAGUGUCAUUAACCUCUUAGGUUUCAUGUGACAUCCUCUCAUUUUACUACUCCCCACUGGCUUCUGUCAUCUUACAGUUGUUAUAUCUUCCUCCUUUUGGAAAUCUGUUUUCUCUCUCUUUUGUAUUGACAUCUCUGAGAUUUACAAUAUUUCGCACAACUUCUAUUCUUCACAUAAAAGAAGCUACUAAACAAGCAUCUGGUGUGAUCACAUUAGAAUUCUUUUUCACUCAUGUGUUAAGGUAAUUGUAGCUGUUUGCCCUCAAGUCAUCUAAACACAAGGUUCUAGGCUGUAAUUCUGACUUCACUGAGCACAGGACUUUAUGAAUUAUGAAAUUAAAAAGUGGAAAAGGAGAAAGACUAGUCCACACAAUGUUCACAUGUUCACAAAUGUAUUUGCUCAAAAAUCUAUUAUUUUCUCAGAGG